AUGGCACGAGCCGCACGACUCAAGAAGGAUUCCGCGAAAGCCCCCCAGCUGCCAGACGCUGCUCAGAAGAAAGCUGGGCAAAAGACGAGAUCAGCUGCUGCGAAGACGGCUUUAGAAGACGUCCAAAAGUGUAAGGAACACGGGAUAAAAACUCACCUUCAGGCAAAUAACACGAGGACGAACUAUGCCGGGCAUGUUCGGCGUGGACGGGAAUGGCUGGCGAGCCAUUUUGAAACCCCAAGCUGUUCUGCUGUCAGCGAGACUUGGAGGGGUGACACGUCUGAAAACUCACUCGUUCUGUUGCCUGCGACUGCCGAAAUACAUGCCGACAAUGACGUGUAUGAGGACCCAGCCUUCAAAUAUGCAUUUGAGAGCAUCCCGAACAGAUGCUCCGACAAAGCGCUGGCGCUCUUCAUGUCCCUGAAAGGGUUCCACGAGAACCUCAGCAAAACUACUGUCGAGAGCAUCCGUUUGGCAUUUAAGAAGCUGUGGGAGUUAUCAGAUGGUGAUACCUAUCGUGGCAAAUGGCACUUCAACGAGAUGAAGCAGCGCUGGGAAGGAAACCCCGCUGAUUCUGCAGACAUUUAUGAUGUGCUGUCAUCCAUCAAACAUAAGGCAAGUGCCGAGGGAGGAGAUCGCACUCACUCGAUGGCGAUGACGAAGGACUAUAUGGAUCGGGCGUUCCGAUGGCACCAGACUGUGUGCCCACUCGAGAUUGCACUACAAAUGGUUCAGAAGGUGAUGAGUGGUGCUCGUCCAUCAGAUAUGCACCUGGACUUGGAAAUGAGGACAAAACUUACUCGACAUCUUGAACAAGUCACGUUCGCAUCGAACGGAUGGACAUUAUGGACAAGGUGUUUUGAGCUCGUAAAGUUGCAAAGAAAGGAUAUCUCACUUGAUACCACUAUUUUGGAUGGGGUGCUUGGCAUGUACCUUGCAAACGAGACACUCACGCUGAGUAAAUGCACAUCAUACUUCGAGAUCUUUCUCGCUCACCGGAAAGGAUGGCAAAAGAAGGUAGACAAGGGCCAAUGGGAAGCGGAUCUGAGAUCAAAUCACUACAAGAUUUAUCCACGUCCCAACAUGCCAGCCUGCGACAAUUUCUUCUGGAUGUUAGUUUGGAUUAAGUGGCUUGAAUCCUUUCACUACGGGCGAACUCUCCAGCCAAACGACUUCAUUUUUCCUGUGAUGAGUGCAAACGGUGUCGUGCAUCCCGGACAGCCAAUCUCUCACGAUACCGUGCAAAAAUGGAUCAAUGAGUCAACCACUGGCGCUGGCAUCCGUGGUAACUUCUCAACUCACUGUUUUCGUCGGGGAGGUGCCCAAUAUUGGUUCAUGUUUGCUCCAGUAGGCCAGCGGUGGACACUCGCUAAAGUUCGUUGGUGGGGUGGAUGGGCUGAUGGCGAGCAGCGUGAUACACUCGUUCGCUACCUACUCGACGAACUAUAUGCAUACAAGACUGACUACAGUGAUGCCCUUGCCCCCAUCUCCCGCGGUGCUGACGCCUCCCUCGCUGGUGAACAAGCUCUCAUGAGACCGGCGUCUAUAGAAGAGCUUCACAUGGUUCAUUCAUCUGUCACGACAGAUGUCAACAACCUGCGCAACGACAUCGGAUCAUCAUGUGCCUCCGAGUCUCGUACACGGUCACCGCGGCCAACUCCACCAUACACCCCAUCCCACGAAGGAGGACACCUCACAGCCACACACCGCCCUUCACCCAGAGCCGCCACCAGCCAGAGCAGCAUCCUCGCUUCACAACGACCCGCCGCUACUAAAACUACCCCACCAUCCAAGAACACCACCUCCCAAUCCCUCCCUACCGCUGGCCUUGUAAUCCCACGUGUGCCUGUCACUCGUCCAAAUGGCACAACCAGCCCGAAGAGUAAGUCCUGGAAGGAGAUCAUCGAGCAUUGGCUGGUCGGCGACCCAGACAGGGGAUUGAGGACACCACUCAAAGAUUGGCCGAAGGAGUGGUACCAAGGCGCUAAUCGACGAUUCGCGUCGAAGUACCAUCAAAGGGCAACCAUCGCGCUGGAAUUCAUCAACGAGUACGAGUCGAACGAGUCGCGUUUCCUCGCAGCAUAUCCAGAGGCUGAAAUGGGACACACACAGUUGCUGAAGGCCAUCAACGAGGCACGCGCUGCACGAGGGCAGCGCAUCUCUCGCAAAAAGUGA